AUGUAUGUGGCGGAAACGGGCUUCGGGAAGAGGGAAAGCGGAGAGCGGGAUGCGGGAAUGUUUUUGGACUUUGCUGGCCUGACAAGUGGGGCAAUGUUUGGUCCAAUGACGGACGACCUGUCGGAUGUUCUUCCAAACAAAACUAUCGGUGAUCAACUUCGUUGUGGAACGAAUGCUCGGAUGAGACAGACCGUGGAAAUGGUCAAAAAUCUUCCGGCGAUAUGCUUGCGGGACAAAUGGUCUCGGCUUGCCGGUUGA